AGGCGUACACGUCAUAGUUUUUGUGGGAGGAACACCCUGGUUCAUGUCUCCGCCAAGGCAGAGGAUGGCGUUUUGUUGCUGCGUGGUGUGCCGUUUCCUUUCUCUUUUUGCAGAGAGAGGAGAGCGAGAGGGCUCAGAGGAGUCGGGCCUCGACACCGCCGCGUGCCAUUUGCACUCUUGCUGCGCGCGCUCUCCCGCCCUCUUCCACACCAGCAUUUCCUCGAGGGUUCCGCGGCGGAGCAGUUCGCGGAACUGGAGGCCGCAGCUUCCGACAAAGGCCCCAUUCCGUGCCGCUGUUUUCUGUUGCCAUCCUUGGAUUAUUUUCACGGAGCGCGGGCGUACGAGGAGGAGGAGGAGGAAAGGAAGGCCAUGGGUGGAACUCCGCGCCCCGACCUGGUGGGCACCGCUCCCCCGGGCUUCCCGCCGUUGCCGAAAUCGGCAGCGAGCUCGGCAGCGCCUUCCGACGGCGCCAGCUCGGUGACAUGCUCGGUGGAAUCGUCCCUCCCUGGUGGCGGUUUCGGCGCGAUAGCGGGCCAGGAGGAGCCGGAGGAGGCGAAGCCGCGAGGGUAUGGGUGCGAUGGAUCCGAAGCUUCCAUACAUGAGCGGCGAAGAGGCAGACCGCCGGGCAGUCGGCGGCUUGGUGAAUGGAUUGUUACUUCAGCUGGAGUUGGUUUUACUCCCCAUGUCAUGAUGAUUGCAGUAGGUGAGAACAUUUCAGAGAAGAUUAUGUCAUUUUCAAAGCAGGGACCCAGGGCUGUUUUUAUCCUCUCAGCAUAUGGUGCUGUGUCCACAGUUACGCUUCACAAGCCUGGAACUUCUGGCAUCAUGGUCACUUAUGAGGGCCUUUUUGAGAUACUUUGCUUGUCUGGACUGUACUUGCCAACAAAUAAUGAUGGAUUACAUAGCCAAAGUAGAGGGCUAUGCAUCUCUCUUUCUAGUCCUUAUGGUCGAGUGAUUGGUGGACUUGUCGGUGGAUCACUCAUAGCUGCCAAACCUGUACAGGUGAUUGUAGGAAGUUUCAUUUAUGCUGGAUCAAGUGCAAAGGACAGAAUAAUUACAGAAGAUGGAAGGGAUGAUGUUUCUGAACAUCAGAUUAGGGAUAAACAAGGCAAACCAUUCAGCGUGCCUCAAAAUCAAGACAUUACUCCUAAAAUGAAGGGAGGAUUGCCUGGUCCAUAAUGACUCGACCCAAGAUUAGCUCUUUGAUUUUGCAUGUGGCUGCUAAAUGGUGAUCUUUCAAAAGGAGCAUACAUAGUGGACCUUGUGGGAGUCACAAGACUAGUAGUGUUUCCUUGCUUAAUCGUCUCUUUGAUAUGUUCUUCUGUAGUGCCCUCGUGAUGGUGCAAUGUUAUGUGGCCACCCUAGUGAUCAUGUUGGAUUGAAGUGAACCAGCCUAUCUCGUAUUGUUCACUCAAGUUCGAUCAUGCCUGUGCAAGUAGCAUGAAUUCCUGUAGAUUCUGUGAGCAGAUAAAUGCAAGUUUGUUUUUUUUUG